UGAAGUUAAAUAAAAAUAACCUUAAAUCUAAAGAACCUUAUUCAUUUAAAAAAUUUAAAAAAAUUAACAGUCUUAAAUUAAGCUUUUCGAUUUAUCGAGGAAUUUUGUCGAUAUGGAGAUCUCGAAAGUGAUCAUAUUACUAGCACACGUAGAUGGCUAUAUUGACAACAUCCUUUAUCAUCGUUUAAUUUUGUAUAACUCGAAAUAUAUACGGCCGAAUAAAGAGUUAAAUAAUAAGAAAGUACUCAAGUGUACAUACAGUUGGGUGAUAAUGCGGUUAAGUUAUAAAAAAAUGAGGAAGUAUGUGUAAUUAAAUCUUAAAAUGUACCUUAAAAAAUUUUCGAAAUUCUUAAAAGUAAAAAUGCCUUAUAACAAAUAUUGACUGUUGUGUUUUGUUAUAUUAGCAUCAUUAUAUAACAGUAGGCUACUAAACAAAUGAUAUCAUAAAUAAUUACUAGAAUUUGUUAGCUAUAAUAACGGAGAUAAUAUGGGUGGCCUUAUUAUCCGCACUGGCCAUAUUACCACCUUCUCCUCUAUAUACAUAUAUAUAUAGUAUAAUACUGUUCUUUGAAUGCUGAAUGUUGUCCUCUAAAGUUAAUAAAUAAAAUGCAAUUCUUGACAAUAUGAUUUCACUAGCUUAGUAGCGACUGAACGUAUUACAUUCAUAACUCAUAUACUUGCUUCAUUUGUAUAUUUUAUGAGUUCUUUGAACCGCUUGCAUCCUGCCAGAAUUACUGACAGAGAUCAAUACGAAUAGAAAAAUUAACGAUGGCAGUCGGAUAUGAGACGGAUGUGGCAAUAAUAACAAAUUCCAUAUUUUUUGUAUGUAAGUAUAGAUCAUGUGCAUUAAAAUUUCAUGGUGACACAUCAUAAUUUAUAGUCUAAGGUUUUCGUUGUCCACAGGUUUUUCCUAUAUUAUUUCCUUUUAUUUCGUUUCGUUUAGUUUUGUACUAUAUUUAUACGCUAUUGUGUAAAAGUCACAAAAAGACAUAGCUAUGCAUAUUAUAAAUUUACAAAAGUAUUAUUAUCGAUCAAAGUAUUGUAUAACACACACAUAUACACACACAUAUACACACACAACACACAUGCACAAGAAGAGGUAUACACAUAAUUUAUGGUGAUGAUAUAUGUAUGUUCUUCUAAGGUCUACAAAGAGUCGAACACGAGUGCAGAAUGUAUGUUACGUGUGUAUAGACAUUGUACGAUUCGUCAAAGUUUUGUAAAAGUGUAAAAUAAACAUGAAAUUGCUUGAUAUCUUUUAUUUGAAUAAGUUAUUUAUAUUAUUAAUCAUUAUUUUCUAAAUUUCAUAAAAUACAAUUUUUUGCAAUAUAUAUUUUACUUGUUAAAUAUCAAUCGAAUAUUAGCUAGUAUAAAUAAAUAGAAAUUUUUGUCAUUAUUAAUCUAACAUUGUUGCGUACAACAUAAAACAUUUUAAACGUUCAUUAAAAAUCAAAGUAAAAAUAAAAUCAAAGAAAUAGUAAAAUCUAAAUUGCUCGGUGUUAUUGAAAUCUUUCUAUGUACAUUUGAAAUUGCAAUUAUAAAACUUUUUAAAUAAAAGUAAGUUUAUAUCUAAAAACUUUAUCUUUUAUAUAUAAUGUUUUCUGGAUAAUUUUUAAAUAUCAUGCAAAAUUUUUUUUACUUUUAUUGUUAUUGUUACAUUAUACAAUUAUGCUUUUUGUGUAUGAAUUAUGCAAUAGUAAAUAACAGAGUGCGAUAUAAUAAGUGUUUUACCUUAAAUUAGAGAUCGACGAAAAGAUAUUUCGCGAUAUGCAAGUUAUGCAAUUUUCACUCAAAAUCCUUACGGUGGCAGGAUGUCGGCCACCAACUUCCUGGUCUUCACUAUGUAAACGAACAGUGUACAAUGUAUAUACAAUCUUGAUGUGCUCACUAUUGUUUAGUUUUAUGUUUCCACAAGUUAUGGAUAUUAUCUUGAAUGUCAAUAACGCCGACGAUUUUACAAAUACUUUUUAUAUAAUGCUUGCUAUGAUUAUCGGUUGCUGUAAGAUUCUCGGUCUAUUACUAAAUCGCAAGAAUAUCGAGAUGUUAAUCAAAGUGUUGAUUGAGAAACCGUUUAAACCUUUGGAACCAGAUGAAAUUAAAAUUCGAGAAAAAUAUAAUAAAAUAAUUAGGACCAAUUCUAUAUUCUACACGGUUUUGAUUGAGACGGUAUGCGGAUUCAUGAACUUGAUGUCUUUGUUAACGGACUUUCGGAGAGGAAAUUUAGCGUACAGGGAAUGGAUACCCUAUGCAUGGUCCGAUACAGUGUAUUAUUUCACGUAUUUUCGCCAAUUAAUAAGCUUGACUGUUGCAUCCAUCGUGAAUGUUGCUUGUGAUAUACUGAUUUGGGGUUUGCUAAUGCAUAUUUAUUGCCAAAUCGAGAUCUUAGAGUGCCGUGUGAAAAAAUCUUUGCGCGACGAUCGACGCGACUUGGGUGAAUGUGUACGUCAACACAAUGAUAUCUAUAAAUACGCGCGUAGAAUAAAUGAAAAAUUCAAGAUUAUUAUUACUGUUCAAUUCAUAGCUAGCAUGCUAGUGAUAUGCUCCGGUUUGUAUCGACUAGCAAAAACUACAUUUAGUCCGAAAUAUAUUCCACUUAUGCUAUAUACAAUUUGUAUGUGUUUGCAAAUUCUUAUUUAUUGUUGGUUUGGAAACGAAGUAAAGUUAAAGAGUAUCCAAUUUUCUGAUAACAUUUUUGGGAUGGAUUGGGUAACAACAGACAAGAAAACAACGCAGAAUCUUAUACUAAUUAUGAAUCGCUCUCUGGUUCCUAUCGAAUUUUCUAGUGCACACAUUAUUACAGUGAAUCUAGAUUCUUUUGUGAAGUUGCUUAAGAUGUCGUAUUCAGUAUAUAAUAUACUUAAACAAACAAGGGAAGAAUAAUAAUAGUGAUAAUGCCACUAAAAAAAGAACACAUAGUAUACGUAUGUUUAAGAUAUGAGCAGUCAUGCGUGUCAAUGUUGAACAACAAGUAUGAAAGUAUUUGCAAUUGUAAUGUUUUGCGCAAUUGCAUAUCGCUAAUAUUACAUACAUGUAUAAAUAAAGUGUUAUUUAUCUGUAUAUUUUGUAUUAUGCUUUUUACUUAUAUUCUUCACUAAAUAUUUGUUAUAAAAGUCAAAGACUAAAUGUAUUCAAAUAUGUAAAUAGAUUUUAUAUAGACAGAUAUUAUUAGUAUUUAGAAAAAUAAAAUACCAAGAGUCAUAUCAAAACUUGUAAAAUUAAAACAAAAAUUAUCAGAUGAAUUAAGAUAACAUUCAUGCACCAGAAAUAAUUUUUCACGUGACGAAAAAGAUAAAAGAAAAGUACUUUUAGUACAAGUAAUCAGCACAGUGCAUAAAUUUAUCUAAAGAUUGAUUAUAUUUGACAAUAAUGUACUAACAAUAGGUGUAAAUAGACAUAAUUCCAUUUACACUUAUCUUCAUUCAGGACAUGCAAAUGUGGAAAUCGAUAAGCGGAACAAUAGACUUACAACUGGGAGCAACACGAGACGAUAUAAUACAGAACAAAUUAUUGAUAGAAUAAAGAAACUAAAGAAACAUUUAGGUUG